AUGGAGUCUUUGGUUCCCAUUAUGUCCCUAAUGUUUCUCUUAUUUACCACAUUCUACCACUUUGGUGAGGCUAGGCUCCUUGACGUGGGCGGCUCAAUGGACGCAUGGAAGGUUCCAGAAUCAACCAACAACACUCUCAACCAUUGGGCUGAGACGAUGAGGUUCCAAGUCGGAGACGCUCUUGUGUUUAGAUACGAUUCCAAGAACGAUUCGGUGUUACAAGUGACAAAAGAAAACUACGAAAAAUGCAACAUGGAGAAGCCUUUGAAAGAAUACAAAGAAAAUAUCACAAUAGUGAAACUCGAUGUCUCAGGUCCUUACUACUUCAUAAGUGGAGCUCCGACCAUGAACUGUGCUAAAGGUGAGAAAGUGGCUGUCGUGGUUCAGUCACCUAACCACCCGCCCAUGCCACCAAACCAAGGACCAGCCGCUGUUACGCCUACUCCUUCUCCUAAGUCAUCUACUUCUAUGAAGGCUCCGGCGCCAGCUCCGUCCAAUAGCCAUGCUGGUGGUUUGGUUGUUGGAAAUGGCAUCUUCUGGGCCUUAACUCUUGUAUCUGUCUUUGGGCUUGUUUUUGCUUAA